AUGCAGGACUCUGAGCUCCAGGAGAUCUCGUCGGCUCUUCGCACCGCCCGUAUCAGCAAAGAGCCUAUUGACCCACCAAGCAAGAAAUGGACAAGUCUUGAUCCCGAUGGAGCAUUCAAAGUCCAAAAGAUCACUGUCAAGAAUGCCGUUAGCCAAGAUGGCGACAGAGUCGUAGGAUACAAACUCGGCAAUAUCGCAAAGGUCAUGCAAGACGCCUUUGGCCUGGACCAACCUGAUUACGGCUUCCUCCUCGCGAGCACUUUCAUAUUCGAAGGAACGACUCUUAGCCUCAAGGACUUCAUCAGACCUUACGUCGAGCUUGAGCCAGCUUUUGUGCUGAAAGGCCCUCUCAAAGGACCCAACGUCACUGUGGCGGACGUCAUCAAUGCCAUAGACUACGCCAUCCCUGCGAUAGAGAUUAUCGACUCCAGAGUGCGAGAUUGGGCCAUCGACCUCCAGGACACACUGGCUGACAAUGGGUCCACCGGCGCCGUCAUCCUCGGGGGUACGCCUCGCCGGCUUACUGAUCUCACCUUGAGCAACACUAGAGGCGCCCUACGUUUCAAUGAAAAGGAGGUUAUGUCGGGCAACACCAGAAAUGUACUUGGCAACCCACUGUCCGCCGUGGCAUGGCUAGCAAAUAAGCUUGCAAGUUACGACGUUGGAUUCGAUGCAGGGCAGGUGAUCUUGCCUGGUAGCUGCCUGCAGGCGGCGCCGAUGCAGGAAGCCGGUCGUUGGUCUUGCACGUUUGAGGGAUGGGGAACUGUCGAGUUUGAUGUCGCCGAAUAG